CAAAUGGCAAAAAUAAUAGAUAAUUACAUAUUAAUAGAAGGAAUAGGUCAAGGAACAUUUGGUGAAAUACACAAAGGCAGAAAUUUGAUAUCUAAAGAAGCUGUGGCUGUGAAAACAAUUAAGUUGGACAGAUUUUUAAAUGAUUCAAUAUUAAAGGAUAUGAUAAUUAACGAAAUCUAAGCAUUGAAAAAAUUAGAGGAUUAACAUAUAGUACGAAUGAUCAAAAUGCUAAAAUCAGCAAACAAUAUUUAUUUAGUUUAUGAACACUUAAAUGGGGGAUCGUUAGCAAAUUAUUUAUACGAAAAAGGUCGUCUAACAGAAUAAGAGGGAAGAUAGAUUAUGUCCAAUGUAUUUAAGUAAUCUUUUAUCCUUAAUAUCUAGAGGAUUCAAGACCUUAAAUCAUGAAAAAAUCAUUCAUAGAAAUAUCAAUCCAAACAACCUAUUUUUUAAUGAUGGGAUAAUCAAAAUUAAAAAUUUCUUUUGUUGCAAAUCCCCUGCAAGUUAGAAAAUAUUUGAUCCUGGUAUUUCUAUUACAUUAUAUCUAGAAAACUUCAUAUACUCUGCCCCUGAAAUCCUAUUAAAAUCACAAUAGCCAUAAUAUGAAGACAAAUGUGAUAUAUUCUCUUUGGGAUUGGUGUUUUAUAAAAUGUUUUUUGGAUAAUUGCCUUUUCCAGAAAAUCUAACUUAAGAUCAACUAAUUGAAUUGUAUAAAAAUUAAUAAUUCAAUCCAAUUGUUGAAGAUCUAUCUGAGAAUACUGCCUAUCUUUUAAAUGGAAUGCUAUAAAUUGACUAAGCAAGAAGAAUAGAGUGGCAAACAUUGUUUCACGAAGAUCAAGUACCUACUAUGUCAGGUUUAGUAAAUUCCACAAAUACAAAUUUUGCUUCUAAUUAUUAAAUUAAUUCUCAGGUAUAAUAAUUUGAGACUGGAGGCUAAAACUUUUAUAUCUCUCAACAAUCUUUAUAAAAUCAUAUUACAACCAGUCCAAAUGAAUUAGUUAAAAGAAAAACAAAUGUUUCUGAUAAGGAAAAUAUCAAAGCUAACAAAGAAAAUGAUUCGGCAUAAAUCUUUGCUAAAACAAUAGAAAAAGAACAAAGUAUUUCAUAAUAAUAGUCCCAAUAAUAAGUCUUAUAAAUUUAAUAGACGAAUAAUAACAAUAGUUCUUAGCCUAAUGUUGUUAAGUAAAUCCAACAUUAAUUAAGCGAAUUAAGACACAAGUUUAACAUUAUUAUUCAAGGAACUUGUAAGAUUGAAUAGUUAGAUAAUUGGUCAGCCAAGAUAAAAACUGAAAUUUGCAUGAUAUUCUUAAUAAAAAAAGCAAUUAAAUGCAUAAACGAAAUGCUAGACAUAUGCUAGAAUACUGAUAGAUAAUGGGGAAUUUCAAAAAAUAGAUCAGAAAUAAUUAAGAUUUUAUAGAAAGAUUUUGAUGAUUUGAUUUCUAAUUACAAACAUGUUAAAUAAAUGGUAUAAAAUUAAUGUAUGACUUUUAUAGAACACUUGUCCCCAUGAGGAAUUGAAUACUCACGAAAUGAUAGAUGAAUAAUAUGUGGACAAUGUAUUAGUUAUGAUAGCAAAAUAAAUUGCAAUGGAUUUGGGAUAAAUUCGAUCAAGUAUGAGAAGUAAUUCUUAAAUUAAAAGCAAUGUAAUUGUUACAUUUUAUACAAUUAGUCAUUUAAUUAUGAAUAAACUAGUUAAAGGAAUGGAAGCUUUAUUGAAUCAAAAUAAAGUACUUCAAACUAAUACAUUUUUGCAAUCUUUCUAAUAGAUUUAGUUAAAGGAAUGAAUUUUGAAGACUAAAAACCUUAUUUUAAAAAGUUAGAAGAAUCCAAAUUGCCUGAGUUAUUAGACUUCAAACUCAAAUCUAUUUGA